AUGACCCCGCGCAGGCAUACGGGUACGUCGCGGGCGCGGAGUCGUCCUCGUCGGACUACGACUCGGUGUGCUCGGAGCUGCCGGCGCGCCGGCCCGCGCUCCUGCGCCACAUGUUCUGCUUGCCGCUCAACUGACGCGCACACACGCGCACGCGCACGCACACACACACCCACUCCAAACCGCGCACGCAUGCAUACACACGCUAAAGCCUACAGAUAA